UACUACCCGUACUAGUCACUUUGCAUGCUGGUCAAUUUUGCAAUUCUAAAAAUAAGUGUAUUGACGUAAGAGGCUUACGGGCUGAUUGUGAAUCAAUAAUGCACAAAUCUACUGUGGGAAAAAGAACGCAAUGGAAGCAAUGGGCAGCUGGAAUAACAGCCACCAUAAGCAUGGUCUGCGCUGGGACCGUCUACGGAUGGGCGACCACCAAUCUCUCCAGGUUGAUGGACAAAGAUUCUCACAUCGUUAUUACGUCGGACCAGAGUUCUUGGAUAGUGUCAUUAACAGGAAUCGGUUCGAUGAUUGGACCCUUCAUCGGAGCAGCCUGCGCCGAUACGUUUGGCCGGAAAAGGACACUUUUACUUACAAGUUUAAUCUACGGUGUCGGCUGGUUGAUAGAUAUAUUUGCAACUAAAGUGGAAGAGCUGUACGUCGCUCGCGUGAUCCUUGGGACUGGUAUCGGAAUUUCUUACACGACAAAUCCCAUGUACGUCUCGGAAAUCGCUGACGUCAACAUCAGAGGUGCCCUCGGUACCUUGAUUGCAGUGAACGUAUUUACCGGAUCAGUUUUCACUUGUAGUUUGGGACCGUUCGUGGCGAUAAGAACCCUUUCCAUAGUUCUCUUCCUGGUACCGGUUCUCUUUCUGUGUCUAUUCGCCUGGUUCCCCGAAACUCCCUACUUCCUGGCCUCGAAGAAGAGGUACGUCGAGGCGUCUAAGUCACUAUCGUUUUUCAAGGGAAUCUCGGACAAUCAAGAAGCAAAGGAUGAACUCGAAGCAGUGAUACUGAGUGUAGAGAAGAACUCGACCACUCAAAAGUGGACGAUCAAAUUUCGGGAAAUGUUACUUCCGAAUAAUCGUAAGGCAGUCACCAUCAUCGUGUCCCUUAUCAUCGCCCAAUUGAUGAGCGGCAAUUACACAACGAUGGCGUACCUCGAGGUACUUUUCCAAUCAGCGAAUAUCGGUAUCGAUACAAACUUGGCGACCGUGAUAGUCUUGGUGAUGGGACUUUUGUCCUGCGCUCUUGCUACCGUCACUGUGGAAAAAUUCGGAUGCAGACCGUUGCUCAUGACCUCUACAUUGGGAGCAUCCGUCACGUUGGCGGUAUUGGCGAGCUACCUCAUCGCCGAUCGAAAUGGCUUCGACGUGACAUCGGUGAACUGGCUUCCGGUCGUCGUCAUCGUCCUUUUCCAGCUCGUCUAUCAGCUCGGGCUUGGCGCGAUUCCUGAUGCCCUCAUCGGCCAGCUGUUUCCGAAUAAUGUUAAAAGUAUCGGCAGUGCAAUAGUGACCAUUUCGGACGGUGUUUUUGGCCUUGUUGUUUCAAAAUUGUAUCAAGUGAUUGGAGAUGCCGUGGGCGAAUACGUUGUGUACUAUAUAUUUUCCGCUGCCUGUUUCUUGGCUUUCCUAUUUUCGUUUAUCUUCAUACCGGAAACGAAGAAUAAGGAGUUCGAAGAGAUCCAACAAGAUUUGGCUGUCAGCAGACUUCGCUGCUUUAGGAGGUAAAAUAAAUCUGUUUCAAAGAAUAUUUGUCGUGCAACGUAAAUGGACACCUUUUCAAGUACUUAUUCGACAGCCUACAUUUGUCGUGAGGUACAUUCUGCAAUUGGUUGAUGUACCUUCAUU